AUGGCAGACGAAGCAGGCGCCGUCACCACCACUGACAACGGCAACGGCGGCGGCGGCGGCGGCGACGGCCAGGCGCUCAAGGAAGUGACGCUGCGUACCGCCCCGCAGGACGCUCGCUUCCCCACCUCCAACCAGGCCAGCCCUCGCCUGCACCAGCAGCAGAAGGCCCUGCCGAAAGCAGCGCCGGGGCUGCGGUGCCGAGCGGCUGGAGCUCGCCGCUGCUACGUGGCUUACAACGAGUACCACAAGUGCAUCAAGGAGAAGGGCAGCGGGCACGGCGACUGCAAGCCCCACAUGCGCGCCUACAGGUCUAUCUGCCCAGACGAGUGGAUCGAGCGCUGGCAGGAGCUGAGGGACGACGGCAGGUGGUACGGAAAGUACUGA